CGGAGAGGGUUUAGGGGUGCGUGUUUGUGUGUAGCGGAAGCCUCGGCGAGAUGACGGCGCCCGUGUCGCCCUUGGUUACGGGGCGCUGCCUUUUGAGGGCAGCCCGUCGGCGCUUCGGUCCCCUGCUCGCCGGCUGCUCUGAGGCCGGCCCUGCGCGGAAAGCUUACAUAGUUCAAGCAGCUGAGAAGGCAACCACUGGCAAUUUAACAGAUGCUAAUUCCAAAGCCUUAUUGAUCUGCAACGGGCCUUUAGAACAUUAUGAGUUUCUGAUCAAAACAAAGAUGCUGAAAAAUGAUGAACAACAACGUAGGGUUAUAGAGAGCCUGCAGAAGCUACAUGAAAGCCUUAAAGGCUACAGUAUUGGUCCAAAGCACAUCUUAUCAAAGUUGUUUACCAGACAGAAGCCUCCGAUGGGCCUUUAUGUCUAUGGUGAUGUUGGCACAGGAAAGACAAUGGUGAUGGACAUAUUUUAUUCUCAGUUAGAAACAGAAAAGAAAAAAAGAGUCCAUUUUCAUGGAUUCAUGCUGGAUGUGCACAAACGAAUACAUCGCCUUAAACAGAGUUUGCCAAAAAGGAAACCUGGAUUAAUGGCUAAAUCAUAUGAUCCAAUAGCCCCUGUAGCUGCUGAAAUAAGUGAAGAGGCUUGUCUCCUGUGCUUUGAUGAAUUUCAGGUCACAGAUAUUGCUGAUGCCAUGAUUCUCAAACAGCUUUUUGAAAAUCUGUUCCAAAAUGGCGUUGUUGUUGUGGCAACAUCCAAUAGGCCACCAGAAGAUCUCUAUAAAAAUGGACUCCAGAGAGCUAACUUCGUACCAUUCAUUGCUGUAUUGAAGAAAUACUGCCGCACAAUCCAGCUGGAUUCUGGAAUAGACUACAGGAAACAAGGGCUACCUGCAGCUGGAAAGCUAUACUACCUCACAAGUGAAGCUGAUGUGGAGGCUGUCAUGGAUAAGUUGUUUGAUGAGCUGGCUCAAAAACAAAAUGAUUUAACUAGACCAAGGAUUUUAAAAGUACAAGGCAGAGGGCUGAGAGUGAAUAAAGCGUGUGGAACCAUUGCAGACUUCACAUUUGAAGAGCUGUGUGACAGACCACUUGGAGCCAGUGAUUAUUUAGAAAUAGCCAAGAACUUUGAUCUUGUCUUUGUUCAUAACAUACCUUUGCUUACCAUGGCAAAGAGGACCCAGACUCGACGCUUCAUUACUCUCAUUGAUACUUUCUAUGAUAAGAAGGUGCGUUUUGUCUGUUCUGCAGCAGCUCCACUCCAAGGAUUAUUUACUCAAGAACAUCAUGACAAUUCAUUGGACGAAAGCAGGGCACUGAUAGAUGAUUUGGGGUUGAGCCAGGAUUCAGCUGGAGGACUUUCUAUGUUUACGGGAGAGGAGGAGAUUUUUGCCUUUCAGCGGACCAUCUCACGGCUCACUGAAAUGCAGACUGAGCAGUAUUGGAACGAUGGUGACAGGAGCAAGAAACCACUGUAGCUGUAAAGCUAGCAAAAGCUGCCACAAAUAGCUCUUGUAAGGACUGAAGUCCAGAAGCAUGACUGGACAACUGUGGCCUUCCACAUGUUCUUGGGCUGUGACUCCCAUGAUCAGUCAACAGUGGCUGUGCUGCCUAAAACUGGUAGGAGCUGAAGGCCACAGUUGCCAUUCUUGUUCUGAAUCUGAAAGACACUCUAACCAACAUUGCACUUUAUUGCCCAUAUGAUUUGCAAUUUUUAUUUCAGAAGAAUAAAAGCUUACGUGCUGGCAUAAUGGUAGGGAAGAGUCUUAUCUGUAUGUUGAAAUCCUUUUCUCCAACCAUAAAUGACAUCUUUAUUGAUGAAGAAUCAAAAUCCCCCUUCAGCAUUCAGAUCAAAUUGGAAGAGGCACAAUGUGCAUUGACACAUGCAAGUUUUGACUGUUUGUGUCAUGCUUAUAACACUAUAGCUUACAUGAAUGAAAAGCACAAACCAGGGACAUUGCAUACCUACAUUUCAUUGCAAAUGACGUAUGAAAUUGUAUUUUGAGACUUUGAAUUUUGGUGAAUUGUUUUCUUCUAGUCAGCAGUCACAUGUGUCAGAUCUGCCUUCCGCCAAACGUACAAAGGCAUACUUUUACAUUUGAUAGCUUUGUAGUAGGAUUUCUACCUCUUUAUGUGUUUUAUUACUGCUUUUCUCC